UCUGCGCAUAUAAAAACCAGUAAGAGGCGGAGUUACACAGAUGACAGAGCGGCUGAGGGCGACGCACCGAGGUCCUCCUUCCUUCUUUCCUUUCUUCCGUCCUUGCGCCGUCUGUGUGUGCAGAGAGCAGUCUGAUAUCGCUGGGAGGAAAAUGUCCUGUGGGCUGUCGAAAGAGACCCUGGCUCUGGCAGAGCAUUACCUGUCCCAAUGCUGCUCAAGCCCACGUCCAGCCCCUCCACCUCCCAGCGAGUCAGCAGCUGCCAUGAGACGCCUAGCCAGGGACAUGGAGAAGCACCACCAGGCUCAUUUCAACUCCCUGGCCCAGACCUUCCUGAGGCAGUGCAGGCCGGACCUCUGCUCCAGCCUCAGGAAGGUGAUGGAGGAGCUGGUGGGCGACGGACACUUGAACUGGGGGAGGGUUGUUUCCCUUUUCACCUUCGCUGGGGUGCUGGCCAGACUGCUGCAGGAGCAGAACGAUUCGAAGCCGGGGCUGGACUCUAGGACGCAGCAGGAACUGGGACACGGGUCUGUCACCUGCAGACAACUAGCGGAGACCAUAGCUCGUUACCUGGCGGAGGAGAAGAAAGACUGGCUGCUGGAGAAUGGCGGAUGGGAAGGCUUCUGCAAGUUCUCCCUCAACGCCCGAGAGGUGAGUCAGGACUCGUCCAUGAAGACGGCGCUGUUCGCUGCCGCCGGUGUCGGCCUCGCCGGACUCACCUUCCUCCUGGUGCGCUAGCCCUCGUCCGUGUUCUCAGUUUGUUUGGCACAGUUUAGGUAGACAUUUGAAUUCUAACGGCGAUGUCGCGGGGGGAAAAAAAAAAAAACGGAAAAACGUCUUAAUUUGUAGUGAAUUCAGGGUUGUGAUCUUACAUCAUCAAGUGAAUGUUUGCACAUAGUCGGACCCCACACACACACACACACACCAAUACUGACAGUCGGUCACUUGCUCCUAAAGAUUGUAAAAACUAUCAAUGCCUUCAAAAAUUUGGGAGCAAGCGACACCAGUUUGCAUAUCGUGUGUUAUUCGCUGAAGCACAGGGUCACCUCGCUUUCAGUUCGUCAACUGUGCAGCUAAACGACAUCAUUUCAGUUUCGCCAUAGACGUUUUUGUUUUGUUUGUUUUUUUUUGUUUUUCCAUAUGAUCAGCUGCCUUUCAUUCAUGUGUUUACCUGCUUUGUGUAUGUGGUAUAAAGACAUUGUACAAUGUAUAAAUUAAUAUAUUAUAUUUAUAUAAAAUGAAAACGUAAGCAGUGGCCCUUUUCUAACCGACGCACAGUUGACCCAAUUCUUUUCGAGCCUCUCCACUCUCCACCAUUUAUGUGAAAUGUCUGCGUCACAAGGCCAAGCAGAGCCACAGGGUACUUGGUGACCACACAACGGUGCUACAAUAUCUCCAUCGAUUUACUAAACCAGGGACCAAUCUGAACAAACCGUUGCUAUGGAUACCCCCUCCCAAAAAAUCUGUCUAACAUUCUAUUUUUACAUUUUAUUUAUUUCUCACUGUUUUUUUUGUUUUGUUUUGUUUUGUUUUUUUGUUUGUUUUUUUAUAAUAAAAAGAAACAACUAUGAA